UUAGCAUGCCUUCAAACAUCUACUUUUAAGGCAUCGCUUUAGUGACGUAUUGCACGCUCCGACCCUUUCUCUUCUGUGAUUGUCAGACAGCUCUUAAACGGAAAGACAUGAGGCUUUGGUGCCAGUCAGGCAUCUGUUUGCACACUGAACGUGCACACGGCUGCAAACCUGACAUCAGAGGGCGGAGCAGACUGGAAAACAGGAAGAUGUAAGCAGGUAAGGAAAGAGUGACACAGAUGAUGGGUAGAGUGAGUUAGAGGAAGAAUGAGAGAGAGCCUCACCUUGUGGAAACUACUAAAAUAAUAGCAGAAAAGCAGAGGGAGCGUCACGUCAAGAAUGGGGUUUGUGCAAUACGUUGUGGCUCUUUGGUUGUUGGCUGCACAGUUGGUGUUCACCUUUCCCACGGACACAGGAGAGACGGACAGUCAGGGGUGCCUGAUGUGCUCUGCAGGGACGUUUCAGAAAUCUUGUGCAGAGUGUGAGCCUUGUCCUCCCGGCAGCUACACUUCAACCCAGAACAAUGAGGACAGCUGUCAUCUCUGCUUCAGAGAUUGUUCACCAACAUCUCACCUGAGAGUGGUGAAGAACUGCACAAGUACUUCUGAUCUGAGGUGUGAAUGUGAGCCUGGUUACAGAUGCACCGAGAGGGUACCACACUCCAAAAACUGCAGACAAUGUCAAAGAAUAACGG